UUCUGGUCAGUGUAUAUACCGUGUGAGUCGCAGUACCUCAAUACGGUGCAGCUUCUAUUGGAACAAAUCGAUGUUGUGAAGCGAAUGAUCUCUAUCAGCUCCACCAGCACCACUCUCGUCCACUCCUCGGCCGGAAUCCUGGAGGAGUUUGAGCGUGGGCGUGUAGCUAGUUUGAUGGGCGUGGAAGGCGGUCAUGGGCUGGCCAACAGCAUGGGCGUACUAAGGGCCGUGUACGACCUGGGAGUACGUUAUGUCACACUCACCCACAAGUGUCACACCCCAUGGGCCGAGUGUUCAGAACGAGGAUCUCAACCUCCCAAUACCCGGGGACUCACGCCGUAUGGCAAGGAGAUGAUCCGGGAGAUGAACCGCCUGGGACUGAUGGUGGACCUGUCUCACGCUUCAGCUAGGACUGCUAGGGAUGUGCUAGGCGCCACACGUGCCCCUGUCAUAUUCUCACACUCAGCUGCUAGGGCGCUCUGUGAUAUAGAGAGGAACGUACCUGACGAUAUCCUCAGCUCCUUGGCUGUGAACGGUGGUAUAAUGAUGAUCAGCUUCUAUAGUGACUUCCUCACCUGCACUCCCUCAGCCUCCCUGCGAGACGUGGUAGCUCACAUCAACCACGUGCGUACCAUGGCUGGGGUGGACUACGUGGGAAUAGGUGCUGGUUACGAUGGUAUCAAUAGGACUCCUAAAGGACUGGAGGACGUGUCCAAGUAUCCUGAGCUGUUUGCCGAGCUGCUGCAGGACCCUACCUGGUCUCUGCAGGACCUGAAGAAGCUGGCAGGACUCAACCUGCUCAGAGUACUCAAGAGGGUGGAAGAGGUACGUGAAGAGAUGGCAGGGGAGAGACCGUCAGAGAUGAUCAUUCCCAUACACGACAUCGACACUCGCUGGCCUUGUAGGUACAAGUUCGCCAGCCUUGAAGACACGCGCUUCUGAGAGCCCCUUCUUGCCCUCUUCAAGAAGAAAAGAACAGUCUUGUUCUUUUCAAGAAGAAAAAAAGGAGAGUCUUGUCCUCUUCGUGUUCACUCUAUUCGUCGAGUGGACGCCCUCCCCAGACCUGUCCUCAGUCAUAUAUACCAACACGUUUCGCUCAUAUCUGUUGUCUCAUUUACGCUAAAGGGAGAGAAAAUAACAGAAUAUUUCUAUACAAUCUUACACAUGCAUAUUAAUAUACAACCUCUCACAUAGAAUAUUAAUGUGUAAUGCUCAGUAUUAACCCACUAGUACACACGCAGGAGCUGUGAUUCAACCCAUUCAACCACAUAUAGGUGAGUACACAUCCACCACAAAAACCUUUCACUAAGACAAUUUUCAUUAUAACAGGAAGAAACUCAAAAAAAAAAUUACCCCAUGGCCCACCGAGAGGUACAUAGACCACCGAGAAGUCCAUGGACUAUAGUUGAGAACCCCAGAACUAUAGAACAUGUCUUCUUGUAACUAAGGUCAUAUUAUUAUUAUUAUUAUUAUUAUUGUUAUUAUUUCUAUUAUUUUAUUUUAAUAUAUGUCGUGUUGCAUUGGUUAAGAAUAAAUCUAUAACUACUGA